UGAGCCCUCCCCUCCACCCCCUGAAGCCACUGGCUCCCAGAUUAGGUCGUUCUGGGGGUAUCAGGCCAGCAUGGACGCUGGCAAAGUGGGGCAGACCUUGAAGACUCACUGCUCUGCCCAGCGCCCAGAUGUCUGCAGGUGGCUGAGCCCCUUCAUCCUCUCCUGCUGCGUGUACUUCUGCCUCUGGAUUCCCGAGGACCAGCUGUCCUGGUUCGCUGCCCUGGUCAAGUGCCUGCCCGUCCUCUGCCUGGCCGGGUUCCUGUGGGUCAUGUUCCCAAGCGGGGGCUACACCCGGCUCCUCCAGGGAGCCCUCGUGUGCUCGGCUGUGGGGGACACCUGCCUCCUCUGGCCUGAAGCCUUCCUCCCUGGCAUGACCGCCUUUGCUACCGCCCACCUCCACUACGUCUGGGCCUUCGGCUUCUCUUCCCUGCAGCCCGGCCUGCUGCUGCUCAUCAUCCUGGCCUCCGGCCCCUACCUCAGCCUUGUGCUCCAGCACCUUGAGCCGGAUAUGGUCCUGCCGGUGGCAGCCUAUGGGCUGAUCCUGAUGGCCAUGCUGUGGCGCGGCCUGGCCCGGGGCGGGAGUGCCGGCGGGGGCGCGCUGCUCUUCACACUCUCUGAUGGCGUGCUGGCCUGGGACACCUUCGUCCAGCCCCUGCCCCAUGCCCGCCUGGUGAUCAUGACCACCUACUAUGCUGCCCAGCUCCUCAUCACACUGUCAGCCCUCAGGAGCCCGGUGCCCGAGACUGACUGACUAGGGAGCUUGAAGGGCCGGUGUUCAGGCCCUGUCCUCCUUCAAGGACCUGGGCCUCCCAGACCAGCCCAGCCUGAGAAAUACCCUCAGCAGCAAAGCUUCCUGACGCCUGUCUGCAGGCGCCGCUGCCACCGUCGCUUCUGGCUGAAGACAUCUGAGGACGAUUUGCGGAAUUCCAAGUCCACUGCUGGGUUCCAGCUGCCUUCCCCCGGUUCUGACUCCAGAUUCCUGGCUCCUCAGCCAGGCCCACAUGCGGCCCUCCCAGCCACCAGCCUGCCUCCAUGUUUGCUGUUGGCCCCACAGCCUGCCCGCCCCCCGCUGCUGCUCUAUCGUUUUCCUUGUGGGUGUGGAACUGCAGAUGUUGCUGUUACCGUAGGAGAGGCCUUGGGGAGGGUCAUCAUUGUGAUAGACCAUCGCGGUUAAUGACAGCGGACGGUUCUUGGUCGCUCCCCAUGGACCAGGCCUGGUGCCCAGUCAGACCCUCCAUGGCCCUCUGGCUGGGGGGGAUUCGAGGGGAUAAAGUGAGGAUUGUGCAGAACUGA